AUGGCUAAUCUUUUAUUGUUCAUUACUGGAUCAUUCUUCAAGCUGUGUUCUUUCAGCCUUUUGAUUCUCUUCUUGAUUUCUUGCUCAAGUUUCCCCUCAACAGAAGCCUAUGAUCCUCUGGACCCAAAUGGGAAUAUCACAAUCAAAUGGGAUAUCAUGAGCUGGACGUCUGAUGGCUAUGUUGCAGUGGUUACAAUUUAUAAUUUCCAGCAAUACCGUCAUAUACAAGCACCAGGGUGGAAACUAGGUUGGACAUGGGCUAAGAAGGAGGUGAUUUGGAGCAUGAUGGGAGGGGAAACAACUGAACAAGGGGAUUGUUCAAGAUUCAAAGGUAACAUUCCACAUUGCUGUAACAAGCACCCAACUGUUGUGGAUUUAUUGCCAGGAACUCCUUACAAUCAGCAGAUUGCAAAUUGCUGUAAAGGGGGAGUGCUAAACUCAUGGGCACAAGAUCCAGCCACUGCAGCAAGCUCAUUCCAGCUGAGUGUAGGUCAAUCCGGUACCACAAAUAAGACAGUAAGAGUUCCUGUGAACUUCACUUUGAAGGCACCAGGGCCCGGUUAUACUUGUGGACCAGCAAAAAUUGUGAAACCCAGUAGAUUUGUUACUCCGGAUGGAAGAAGAGAAACACAAGCUAUGAUGACAUGGAAUGUUACAUGCACAUAUUCACAAUUCCUAGCUCAGGAAGCACCUAGUUGUUGUGUCUCUUUCUCAUCCUUCUACAAUGACACCAUAGUACCGUGCUCUAAAUGUGCUUGCGGCUGCCAAAAUACUUCUCAGCCAGGGAGCUGUGUGGAGUCAAAAGCUUCACAUAUAGCGCCGGUUGCCAGCAGCUAUACCCCUUUGGUCCGAUGUACAAGCCAUAUGUGUCCGGUGAGAGUUCAUUGGCAUAUUAAGCUUAACUACAAGGAGUACUGGCGGGUUAAGAUCACCAUUACUAAUUUCAAUUACAACAUGAACUAUACACAGUGGAACUUAGUUGUGCAACAUCCCAACUUUGACAAUCUGACUCAGAGUUUCAGCUUUAACUAUAAGUCCAUAACACCAUAUACAGCAAUAAACGAUACUGCCAUGUUAUGGGGUGUUAAAUUCUACAAUGAUAUGCUUUUGGAAGCUGGUCCACUUGGUAAUGUGCAAUCAGAGUUACUUUUCCGAAAGGAUAAAGCAACUUUCACUUUUGAGGAAGGUUGGGCUUUUCCGAGAAGGAUCUAUUUCAAUGGAGAUAAUUGUGUUAUGCCACCUCCUAAUGUUUAUCCUGGGUUGCCUAAUGCCUGUUCCCACCAGCUUACCUCCGCACUUGGUCUGUUGGUGACUCUCUUGGCAGCUAUGGCGUUAUUAUUUGGACAUGCAUGAACAUCAAUCAUUUUUAUUCUAUAACAACUGGUAUAUACUAGUUUGACCGAAUCAAUUCAACUAUAGAACAUAGGAUUGGCAUUUCAAGGUGAAGGUGCUUUCUAUUUGAUGUAUGGUUAGCUAAUUCACUAUGAUUUGAUCAUUUGUGCUGUUGUAUGCAUGUUCAUUUCUGCACUUAGCCAUCUUGAUUGUAGAAUUUCCUCCAUAUUUUACUACAGUGGUAACAAAAUAAGUCAU